GAGGGCGCGCGGGGCGACCUGACGGACCACGUCCGUGCCGUCGCAGAGCUGGACCUGGACUUCGGCGCCGUGUGCGACAUGUUCACCGACCCCGAGCAGCGGCGCCGAUGGGACGCGCUGUUCGGCCAGCAGAUGCAGGUGAUCGAGUCCGACGGCGACACGUUCGUGAGCACGGCGUUCCCGGGAUUCAUGGGCGUGGCUCCGCGCACGUUCCUGAGCUGGCACGGCGCGAUGCUUUUCGACCCUGGCGGGGUCCAGGUGGCGACGCGCGCCGAGGCGGCCGGGCAGGCGAUGUUGUGGCGGCCCGCGGACGUGGACCGGCCUGGGCUGCCCGCCAAGGACGGGCUGCGGGACGAAAGUUGCACCCUCGGCGUGGUGGCCGAGCGCGCUGGCGACGAGGGCUGCCGGCUUGUGUUCGUCCUGCGGGCGGUGCCCCCGCAGGGCGAGCCUGGGGAGCCUGCGGCGGCGAUCGCCGCCGCGGCGGCGGCGCUGGCGCCGCCGGGCGUGCUGCCGCCGCUGCCGAUUGGCCUGUACAGGCGCAGCGCGCGCCAGCCGCUGGAACCGCAUGAGCUGCUGCACCUGCGGAAGAUCGCCGACGCCGCGCCCUCGCAGGAGUGGCAGCUGCAGGUGGACUCGCCCAACCUGCGGAUCCACCACUGCCUGGAGGAGAUCCCCGGCGGGGAGGCGGUGACCAACCACAUGCGCCUGUCGGUGGAGCUCGACGGGGGCCUUGAGGCAGUGGUCGAUCUCCUGGAGGACCCGGACAAGCGGCGCAGCUGGGACGUCUGGUUCAGCCAGAACAUGCGCUACGUGGAGUCGCGAGGACGGUGGUUCCUCGCGCACGACUUCGUCGGCCUGCCCGGCGUCCUGUCCAGGAGCGUCUUCGUCCACUGGUACGCCGCGCAGCUCUAUGACGCGGCCGGGCGCGAGCUGCUCGCAGGGCGCAGCGAGGACGCUUUCUGCCGCGCCGCGCUGUGGAGGCCCGCCGACGCGGAGGGCCCUGGGCUGCCGUCGAAGCAGGAUCCCCUGCGCGACGAGAGCGUGUCCUGCGGCAUGGUGGUGGAGCGCGACAUCUGCCAGCCCGCGGGCCGCUCGCGCCUCACCGUUGUGGUGCAGGCGACCAAUUAUUUCAGCUGGGUGACGAUGUCCAAGUACUUGGGUCCCGCACUGAUGAGGGAGUUCGGCAUCCUGUGGGCUGGCAAGCUGCGUGCCACCGUGUCCAUGGUCGCCGCGGUGGCCCAGUACGGUUUCCCCAGGCCUGUUGCCGUGCCCCGCGCCGCAGCGCGGGCGAGAGGUGAAGUCCUCCCGUUGCUCGAGCAGGCGCUGGCGCAGCGAGCUGACGGAGCUUGGCUAGACAUCAACAAUAGGCACACCCAGGCCGUGCAGGCCGUGGUGCGGUUGAAGAAGCAGCUGGGCCUUGCGCAGGAGAAACAACAGCGGCUAGCCGAGGAGCUGGCCGAGACGGUUCUCACCAAGAAGCAGGCCGCCACCAUCCUAGCUACUCGUGAGGGCGUCGCGACAGGGCAGCAGCCGUCGGCUCCGAGGACGACGGCGGCGCCGGCCUCAGGCAAAUUCUUCGGGUUGAAGUAUGAUCGCGAGUUAUUCGGUAACCUUCAAGAUCUCGAAUGUGAGGAAUCAGAGCGCCUUGAGUUUGACAAAGUGCACGAGGGGCCGAUCAAAGCCCAGACGUUCUUCGACGGCAAGGCCGAGCAGUGCGCGCAGUUCAUCACCAGGGCCACGAAGAUGUGGACGGCCAUCGCGGCCAGGCUCGCCAAGAAGAGGCGCGGGGCCGAUUGGCAGGCGGCGCCAGCCACGCCAGGCGGCGCCCCGACGGGCACGCCGCGCGGCGAGGCAUCGGCGCCCCAGGCUGCGGCCGCAGCCGCGCCUGCCGCGGACGCCGCGGGCGCCGAGGAUUCCAGUGCAGCUCGCGUGGCCGCUGAGGCCCAGAGGAUCUCCGAGGCGAAGUUCGCGGCGCAGGAGCAGGCCGCCAAGGCCGGAGUUGUACUCGAGCAGGGGCGAGUGCCCAGGGAGAGCGAAGAUCAGUUGCAGCUUGUGUUUGGCAAUGUCACUGCCAUGGGGGGCAAGGGUUUGUCUGGCUUCGCGACGGUGCCCGACUCCGGGCAGCUGCCUCAAGGCUGCGACAGCUCAUUGGCCGCCCACUUCGCCCAGGGGUCGGCCUCCACGUUCCCCGAAGCAUGCCGCCAUUCUUCGGUGCGCAGGUGGGAAGCGGUGCCAGCCUUGAAUUCGAGCGUACCGUUGGCCUUCCACCCCAGCCUGCAGAGCGAGAGCAGGCGAGCCGAGGAAACGAUGAAGAACGCGCGGUUGAGGGAGAGCGCUGGCGCCGUUGCGAUUGGGCAGCCAGGCCAGAGGGGGGCCGGGGAGGGGGAGAACGGUUACCAGGCAUGCAACGCCCUGAAUCAGUCCGAGCAGCCGCUCCCGCGCGCGCCGCACUCGGCGGACAGGCUCCGCAUCAACCAGGUGCGGAAGGUCCUCACCGCCUUCUUCCCCGCCCUAUCGUGCAAGGAGGUGCAGUGGGUGCUGGACUUGAAGGACGGGCAGACGGACAUAACUUUCCAGGAGUUCGCCAAGAAGCUCAGCUCGCUCCAGGAGAAGAGCAAAGGCGACGACUGGGACCCGGUGGCUGCCUUCACGGCGCUCAGCGGGAGUUCGGGCAGCACGCCAGAUGCGCCCACGCUGGACUUCGAGAGGUUCAGAGACGUUUGGGCGCAGCUGGGUGUUAACUGCGUAGAUGAGGAGGUCGCGCGCCAGCUCAUUGGCAGGGUCCUCAGGAGGGACUUGUCGAGUGGCCCGGUGACCCUCGACGACUUCAGCAGGCUGUGCAGACUCGCGAUGCCGAUGGACGCCACUGGCCGGAUGGAGGACAACGGAUCGACCCAGACGUGCUGGCAGCGGACAUUUCAAUCGAUGUGGAAAGCGUACUUCGGGAAUUGCGCUUCCAAGGUCGCUUCCAGGACCUGGAGCGGAGGGCCUCGUGGAACUCCUACGCGAUGCCGCUGCCGGAGGACGACGGCGGCGGGGUGGGCAACUUCGACCAGUAGCCCGCCAGCCCGCCGCGUCGCGCGAGGCCGCACGCUGGGGACGCUCCCCCUACGCCCGUGCAGCCGCGCUGUAGGGCUCCGCGCUCCCGCCCGCCCAGCCCCGCGGACGCGCUUCGGCGGUGCGACGGUGCAGCGCCACGUCUCGGCGGCGAGGGCCUGGGGUCAUGUUGUUCCCAUCUGA